UUGAAACAGACGGAAUUUAAUAAUAUUCGAAUUUUUUAUCAAAAUCUGCUAAAUAUUUGUUAUUUUAUCUUUAUCAAUUAAAUAAAACAACUAGUUAUGAUCACUGACAUAUAUAUUCGGUUUAUUGAGACUUUUUGCGGCAUAUAAAGUGUUUUAUUCGAAAAUGCGCCGUAUUAGCAUUCGAUAAUGUGCUGCUAUUUGACGAUGUAAACUUUAUUUACAUUGACCCGAAAUGUUUGUAUAAUCGACCUGCCGAAUAUUAUGAGCUGAGUUUAAUAAGUACUAGUACUAGUUCAAAGAGAAGAUUAACAAUAAAAAAUGCAUCAGAGUGCUGUCAAGCAAUAUUCGAUGGAAUAUAAGAGCCAUAAUGACCAACUCGAGAAUAUUCACCACGCUUCAUAUCGGAGCAGACGUCAUCAUGUUGAUAUCUAUGUCAAUUUGCCAAAACCGGUACAACAAUGGACUGUGGUUUUAAUUGCGCUCAUAUUGUUGCAAUACGCAGACCUUUAUACGUGUCACCACAUACCAACAAACGAACGUAGAACCUCACAAAAUAAUGAUGGAAGCCGUGAUUACGCACACUACCUACGAAACCGAGCAGAUCCAACAGAGGACAGCCAUAGUUCUAGUUCUAAUUUUGCAGACCGCUUUAACGACAGUGAAAGUGAUGAAGUUGGAAAAAAGCAAUCUGCAGUCAGAAAGCGUCGUAUUGGCAGUGGACAACCUGAAGAGAUUUUCAGUUUGGACGAUCGAAUUGAAACCAGUUAUGAUGAGUAUCCCAUGGUGGUACCAAAACGAGCUGCCCUCUUACUUGACCGACUUAUGGUUGCACUCCAUCAUGCAUUAGAACAGGAGCGCGGCAAGCUAAGUGAUUUUUAUGCGGGCCGCAAUGACAAAUAUGACAAGACGAAAGCGGGGAGUUCUCCAGGUAGCGAUGAUGAUUCCGAGCAAAUGACUGCAAAUCAUAUGUAUAGCGAUGACGAUCCCUCAGUUUUAAUGGACUACGAUUUCAAAGACUUAAAUUCCAUAAAUCGUGCUACUGGGGAAACUUUAAUGGCAAAGAGCUUUCAGAGAAGGGGAAGCAUGGGCUUGGAUUUGGGCGGCGACCUAGGCAAUGCCGAAGGUGUGGCGAUGUUGACGGCGGCGGCGGCUGCGACGACAGAUGACAAUGCCGGUGGUUUAGGUGGCGGCGGUGUUGGACGUAACGGAAUUGGUAAUGGUGGACGCAUGUACUGGCGUUGCUACUUCAAUGCAGUCAGCUGCUUCUAGGGCUCCACUGCUGCACUGCUCAAUGUUUGCAGAUAAUCAAAUACUAGUUGUACAUAUGUAUGCAUGUGCAUGUAAAUACCUACCUAAAUAAAUGAAUUCACAUUUGGGGACUUAAUAGCCAGAGUAGUCCAACUACAUUAAAAAAGGUGUUGCUUAAAAUGCGUCACUAAGAAAGGUGUUGCCCUAGUUUAACUAGUUUUUCGUAAUUCGUAAAAUAUGUAGCAACAGAUAGCCUAAGUCUAGUAGCUUCAAUCAUUCAUAAUGCCAAAAGUUUUUGUAGAUAGACUACCCUGGUUCAUGGCCUCACAUUUCUGCACAUUGUUAGCUCUAUGCUCUACAGCCAUUUUCGCAUGAAUGUGGAUCAUGUAGAUCAUGACAGUAAAUUAAAGAAACACAUCGAAAGCUUCGGUUUGUACA